UUCUCUAAAGCCUCCCUCGAGUGGAGCCCGCACGAAAUCCUCCGUCCAGCCCAAUACCUGCCGCCGCUGUGGGCCAGCUCGCACGAAGAGCUCAGUGCAGUGACCGAGCUUUAUCCCGCGGCUUCCAAAAGCAAGGGCAAGGCCAAGGAAAGCCCGGUCAUGGUCAAGGAUUGGGAGAGAUGGUCAAUUGGUCUUCGAUCUGGUAUCCUCGGGCAAGCGGCUAAAGAGUAUCAAGGCAAGCAAGGCAGACGAUGGAACAGAGUAUGCUCCUGACCGGGUCAAGGAGGAACCGGCCGCACCAUCCAGUAGUACACCGUGCCCCAUGCCCGCGGCACCGGCUGGCAAUGACAGCGAUAGCACGACGUCCACUCUCCACGACCUCAUCGCGGGCGAUACUACACAACUCGCUCUCCACCGCGCAUGGCAAUAUCGCGCCUCGCUCUACCUCUUUCUCGCACGCUCCAGCACAGAAGGCAGCGACACUGCAGAGAAGGGCGGCCUGUCCCUCCUACCGUGUCAGCUGCCAAAUGAGGUAGGCGCUGUAGCGGUCGGCUGGGCGAGAGUAGUUGAUGCGCAAGUGAUCAACGCUGAUGGAAGUGAAGGCAUCAGAGGCUCCUCGCGCUCUCGCCGAGGCGAGGGCGUUAAAGUACGCUGGCGUCUGACUGUCGAGCUGGACGACGAGAGCUGGUGGCUUCCCUGUGUCUUGAACAAUGAAUGUUCGGACACUUCGCCGUCGAGAGGCGGCAGCGGCUGGACAUCGACGCGAGCAGUACAGCACCUGCUUCACCCGAAUACCGCCUCAUCAUCCGUCGAGAAUCUCUUCCCCUCCAAGCCCACAUCCAUCCUCCAAUCGAUCCCCUGCCCCACUUGUCACCGCGCUACUCCGCGUCUCCGCUGGUCCUGCCACCACUGUCAAGCCUGUGACACCCUGAUCCCUGCGCGCACGCCUAGUCUCCCUGCGGGGGAUGUGGACUUCGGCUCCUCGCCCUUGCCUACGAUAGGGCCGCGCAUGGAUAAUGGGAGAGCAGCGUGGGACAGCGAGGCCGUUCGGAGAAAGCUGAGCACACUGCUCGGCGACGGCGGGAAAGAGGCCGUCAAGUGCGCUGAGUACUCCUGGCUGUCAUCGCCGACGCCUGUGGACGGAGCAGCAUCAGCGCCAUCACUGGUUCACCUUCUUUCCUCGGGAGCGUGGACCAAGACAAGCAAAGGCGCCCUUUCUUGGCUUCUGUCCUCUGCAAUGCCCUACGAGCGUACCAAUGGCGGCAACACGUUUCAGCUGGGCCUAUUGCUGGCUGACAGCGACAGUUGCAAAAAGCAAGCAGCCUGCUGCAACGCCAAAGAAGCAGGUCCUCUCCUCCAUCCGCUCGACAUGCCCGACCUCACACUCGCCCAACGCCUCCUCGAUCUCGUCGACUCAAUCGAACAACGCAGCUCUGCCUCCCUCUGCGCCCUCGGCACCAGAGAGCCGCGGGUAGCGCAUCGCGCCCUCCUCACAGUAGCGGGUUGCACGGGUGCAAAGCAUCGCCUCGAGCUGCCUGGAGCGGAGGCCACAUAUCUGCACUUGGGUGGGCCGGCCACGCUCGCUGCCACGACGGCGACUCCAGAUGUGGCAAGGAAGGCAACGAAGACCAUACUGAAUGCCAUGGUUGCGAACGGAGAUAUGCUGUGCGUGCCUGCUACGAAGGCCAAGAAAAGGAAGGAGAAGAAGGGGAAGAAGGCGCAGAAGUCAUCAGAGGAAGCCGCAGCUGAAUCCUCUGCGGCGCCGGCGCCGGCGCCGCCCGCGCCCGCUGUGACGAUCACAAUCGAGGCCAAGUCCCUCUGCAUCGGUCUGCUCCUUCUCGCGGAUUGAAGUCACUUCGCAAAGGUCGUCUGUGCGUGCACGUCAAAGUGCUUACUGCUUAAUGUUUGUAUUGACAACCGGAGCUAUUUGAGAGAGGGCUGCGCAUCUAGAAGGAACCAAGGAGACGCCGGG